AAAUACGCCAUCACAUCUGUACUUUUUAGAAAUGUCUUUUUGAAAAUAUUUUCUAUUUUGGAUCAAAAUAAUGAUCUAAUUUAAGAAUGAUAGCAUAUCAUAGUCUGAUUAUACUGGUUCUGUUAAAUCGAUCAAACUGUUUAGAAUUUACAAUCGGUGCAUUGUUAAGUGAUGAUGAGGUUAUUUCUGGUUUUAAAAGGAUGGUUUCAUCCGUCAGGGAUAGCGUUUAUGAUGAUGCAAUCACUUUCAAAGCUGCUGGAGAGACUCUUGCUCUAAAUGCUCUUAAAGCGACAAAUCAGGUCUGUAACCUGUUCAAUUCUUCAGAGGGUCGAAUGUUUGUUCUAAUAAUCUCCCAUCCAAAUGGAGCACCUGGAUCUGCACCUUUAUCCGUGUCAUUUACCUGUGCAUUUUAUCACCUACCGGUUAUUGGAGUUAGUGCAAGGCACUCAAUUUUCAGUGACAAGUACAGCCAUGGCAGCUUUCUCCGUACAGUUCCACCAUUCAGCAAUGAAGCAUCUGUUUGGGUUGAUUUAAUAAAAGCGUUUGGUUGGCGCGAAGUCUGUGUAAUUCAUUCAGAUGACCAUGAUGCCAAAAAGGUGUUGUCGUACUUAGAGUCCGCUUCUCAAAGAGGAAUAGACUUCAAGGUAUUAGUAUGGACAGAAGUGUUAUUAGUUUUGAUUAAAAAAAUGGAUUGCUGCACAAAGAAAAUCGCAUUUGUCUAGAGAUUUUAUUUAUAAAGUAAGCGCCUUAUGUGGGCUUUACUUUUCAUUCACAUUAUUGAGAUGGUCUAGCUAGCGUUAGAAACUAAUACUACAACGGUAAAUAUUUAUUUUUCUAAUGUAUAUAAUAUCAAAUUUCUCAUAGAAAACAACAGAAAAGGACUGAAAUUUCAAUUUUUAGAUUGAGUCAUAUAUCUUCUUUCAUAUGAUCUAGAUAAAAUGGUUAAAGAAUUAAUGUGCGGGGAUUUGGGUACUAACCGCUAUCACUUUCGUCAUCUCUAAAGAUUAUGUGAUUCUUCAAUAUUACUGAGUCCAAGGAAAUAUAAUUUGUUCUAAGCAUUAUAUACUGUAGUUUUAUACGAAAUAUUUUAUAUUACUGAGUGCCUUUUAGUCUCCUUGAACACUUGCUACUUUGUAAUGUGAAGGUAGUUCUGUUAAAUACUUUCAAAGAUUACUCGUCAAGUUGCUAUCAAUACAGAUGAAGAGGAUGCUGCUCAAAUGAAGGAUUUUAUCAGUCUCUUGCAACCAGUUCGAAACGAACAAACACGAGUUAUUUUGCUGUUUUUACGCCGCAAGUUUGCAGAGUAUGUGUUUUUGGCUGCACGUAAACUGGGCAUGCUGGAGGCAGAAUGGGCUUGGAUUGUCACUGAACAGGCUUUGGAUGCUUCAAAUAUACCAAAUGGUGUGAUUGGUGUCCGGUUACUUCAAGUUACCGAACUAGAUCACGUUGCCGAUGCAGUCAGAAUCGCCACACAGAGCAUUCUUCACUUAGUUCGUACCGAUUAUGAUGCGAUGAAACAUCUUUACUCAGUUAAAGCAUGUAGUGAUAAUCCUUCAGAAAUUCAAUCAAAAUCAAAGCUACCUGGUAAAUCGACCUAUAUGUGGAAGGAUUACGCAGCCAAACUCUUCCGAGACAUGUUAGCAAUGAAUUUAACUGAUGGUCGAACUGGUCAUUUGGAAUUCAACGAAUAUGGUGAUCGUAUUAAACCAAUUUAUGAUAUUGUAAAUGCUCAAAUAACUAAUCAGGACAUAAAUAAUUUAUCUGCACAAAAAUCAUUUGAGUUUGAACGGCCAACAUUAGUUUCUGUUGGAAGUUACGGUGUACAUCAACCAACCCCUAUGGAAUGGUUAUCUGAUGAACCUCAUCCUUCUCUGUUGUCAAUCAAUUUAAGUAAAUUAAUUUGGCCGGGUAAUAGUAUUGUAAAACGUCAACAGUUGGUAUGUAUACAACGUGCUAAUGAUGGAAAAUGUCAAAAAACUGAAAAACGACUGGUACAUGCAGCACCGAUUAGUUUUAAAAAGAAAACACAUUUAAAAGUUGUAACUAUUGAAAGUAUACCAUUCGUACAAACUCGUCCAAAAUUAACUGAUAAGUGUAAUGAAUCUGAUGAUCCCUUAGUUUUUAAAACUGAAAUUGAAUGUACUCAUACUGACCCGACUACUGGCGUCAAGAAACAUUAUUGCUGUUAUGGUUAUUGUAUUGAUCUUCUCCGAUUAUUGGCUAAUAGGACUGGACUAGAAUUAACUUCUACACCAUUCACAUAUGAUUUACAUUUAGUUGGUGAUGGACAAAUAGGUGAUGUUGAUGAAAAUGAAACACAUAAAUGGACUGGUAUUAUUGGUGAAAUUUUGUCUGGUACAGCUGACCUAGCUGUUGCACCAGUCUCUAUUACACCGGAAAGAGCUGCACGAGUUGAAUUCACUAAGCCAUUCAAAUAUUUGGGAAUAACUAUUCUAGUGAAACGAGAACGUGCUCGAUCCAAUCUUGGUUCAUUCCUUCAACCUUUUGAAAGUUCACUAUGGGUUCUUGUAGCCUUGUCUGUACAUGUUGUCGCUUUUGUAUUAUAUUUGCUCGAUCACUUUUCACCAUUUAGUCGAACAAACUCUGAUCUUGAUAUGUCUGUCGAUGGAAGUGGCAGUCAUUCAACUUUACGCCAGUUUGAUAAUGAAAAACAAACUAAUGACAAAAAUACACUAACUCUAACUCACCUGCGACAACAACAACAAAAAGAAGACGAAGAAGGUAUGAAUUUAAGUAGUGCAGUGUACUUUGCUUGGGCUGUAUUAUUAAAUUCUGGGAUUGGUGAAGGUACUCCACAUUCAUUUAGUGCUCGUGUUCUUGGAAUGGUAUGGGCUGGAUUCGCUAUGAUAAUAGUAGCUAGUUAUACAGCCAAUUUGGCUGCAUUUCUUGUUUUGGAUAGACCUGAAGCGUCUAUUUCUGGAAUUGAUGACGUUCGACUUCGCAAUCCUCAAAAAGAUUUUCUAUUUGCAACGAUUCGUGGUAGUCCUGUAGAAAUGUAUUUUAAACGACAAGUUGAAUUCGCUACCAUGUAUCGUGUAAUGGAAACAAAUAAUUAUGAUUCAGUAGAAGAAGCAAUUCAAGCCAUUAAAUCUGGCUCACUUAAAGCUUUCAUAUGGGAUUCAGCAAGAUUAAAUUAUGAAGUUUCCAUUGAUUGUGAAUUGAUUACUGCUGGUGAGGUAUUUGGUCGUAAUAGUUAUGGCUUAGUAAUGAAAAAAAAUAAUCCCUGGUUAUACGAAUUGUCACAAGCAGUGUUAAAUUUUCAUGAAAGAGGUAUAAUGGAAACAUUGGAUACCAAAUGGAUACAUAUCAAAUCCAAUAACUGUGAACGAACUGAAUCAAGUCCAGCAACUUUAGGUUUAACCAAUAUGGCUGGUGUAUUUAUCAUGAUUGGUAUGGGGUUAGUAGCUGGGGCUAUACUGACGUUUGUUGAGGUAUUGUGUACAAAACGUAAAUGUGAACAAAAGAAAAAACAUGAACUAUCCACUUCAACAAUACAACAAUGGCGAGAUGCCGUGCAGAAGCGUCAAAAUGAAAGAUAUUUUAUGAACACUAUGGAUAAACAAAUGCAAUUAUGUCACAAUACAGAAAUAUCCUUUGACGAUGUCAUUCACCACUCAGUUGCUGUUGAUAAAAAUAAUUUAGACUCGUCUGCUAUUUAUUGUACUAAUAUGAAAGAUAAACAAUCAAAUAAUCCCAAACCUAAUCUUUCAAUGAAUAUGAAGGAAAAAUAUUCAGUUAUAGAAGAUGAUUUAUUGUCCACUAAAGGUCGAAUAACUCGUAAGCGUAAAGCUAGUGAUUAUAGCUGUGAUGAUGAUGAUGGUGACAAUGAUGCGUUAGACAGUUCACUAUCUUUUGCUAUGCAAUCCUCAAAAAAUAAUUUGAAACAAAUAGGCGAAAAGUAUUGUGUUACUACUUAUCGUUGCGAUCAAGUUAACAAUCAUGAGAAUAAUGAUAAAGUUGGGCUGGAACAAGAGGAAAACCAGGUAGGACAGGAGGGUUACGAAGAAGAAGAGUUUAGUGAACUUAUUCAUCGCUCUGGUACUUUUACUGCUAAUAAUAAUAUGAACAAUAUCAAUCAUUACCAAAGAUCAAAUAUUAUUUCAGCUGUUUAACACUUUUCAGGACAAAAUAGAUAUAAUUAUAAAAAACAAUCAAUUAUUUGAAUUCAUGAAUUAUUCUUCGCAUGAACUUAUUAUCAUACCUUAAAUAAAAUUGUUGUUAUUAUUACAUAAUUAGGAUUGCAAUAACUCAUUCUCUAGAGUAUCAUGCGCAUUAAUCCAUUUCAAUGAUCGUUCUACAUUAAAACUUAUCCCAUGUUGUUCUGUUUUAAUUUUAUGUUACUUUUAGAGUACACUCUUCAGAUUAUAUAUAUAAAUAUAUAAACAUAUUUAAAAAUAUUGUUUGUCUGUGUUAACGUAGUUUAUUUUGAACACUUUGAGUAUAUCUGUGUUUAAUAAUAAUAUAGGGUGUAUGCUUAGAAAGCCAUAUUGCCUAUUGUCAUCCCUUUUCCAUUUAGCUCUCUAUAAUGAAAAGCUAUGCUUAGUUUUAUUGGAUAUUUUAGAAGAAAUAUAUAUUCAUGUAUUGUUAUUUGACAUUUCAAAUUCAUAGACUUUUGAUUUUUUUAUUUUGCUUCUUCACUACUUAUAAAGAUUAAUACGAGAUGACAAAGUUUGAUCUCGCCAGUUUAUAUGUGAUUCUUUUCAUUUUCUUAAAACAACUUAAUUAACUUGCUUCCCAAUUCAUUUAAUGUUCUUUUCACUUAACUGUGUCGUAUUGUUUUUAUUGUUUAGUUUAAUGAUAUAACAUAAAUUACUUCAUGACA